UCGCUUGCAUCACCUUAACUUUUUAAUCUUCCUAAGUAGGAUGUAAUAAUAUGUAACUUUUUAUCCUUUUUGGGGAACUAAAUAAAAUGUUAAUACGUAAUCGUAUGUUACUUAAUAAUUACAUACCUUUUUAAUAAGUGGUAGUUUAACGAAUCGUGGAAUGGUGUAGUUAAAGAGCAACGAACUGAAUGUUAUCGAGUUCGUUCACCUGUUACGUCGCUGAUGAUUUAAUAAAACCAUCAGUCGUUCAGUUCCAUCGAUUUCCCGAAUCGAUUAUUCUAAACCCUUUUAAUAAAAAUGGCUGCUACGAAAUGCGCAUGUCAAGCGGUUUUUUGGUGUUGAUAAACAAAGAAAAUUGAGCAAACGCGUGUUCCAGUUAUCUAUUAAUCGUCGGCAUUGUUUGUCGGCGCGUCGUCGACAUUGAAUAACAGAAAAUUUCGAGACGGUGAUAAAAGAUUGACAGCUACAACGGAGUGUCAAAACAAAAACGACAACGUCGAACGUGACGUUGAGGUUAUGGACAACUUCGUCAAGAUAGAAAAAAUUGGGGAAGGAACCUAUGGGGUGGUUUAUAAAGCGAAAGAUAAGUUAACCGGAAAACUGGUGGCACUUAAAAAAAUUCGUCUUGAGACGGAAAGUGAAGGUGUUCCAUCCACUGCUAUUCGAGAAAUAUCAUUAUUAAGGGAACUUACACAUCCAAAUAUUGUUCAAUUAUUUGAUGUAGUAGAUGGUGAUAAUCAUCUCUACCUUGUCUUUGAAUUCUUGCAACAAGAUUUGAAAAAAUUAUUAGAUUUUGUUAAAGGAGGAUUAGAUCAGGCUCUUGUAAAGAGCUAUCUAUAUCAAUUAUUGAAAGCAAUAUCGUUCUGCCAUCUUCGGUGCAUUUUGCACCGAGAUCUAAAGCCACAGAAUCUGUUAAUAGAUCGGGAGGGUCAUAUAAAAUUGGCAGAUUUUGGUUUAGCCAGAACUUUUGGUGUUCCUGUUCGUACAUACACACAUGAAAUAGUAACAUUAUGGUAUAGAGCACCAGAAAUACUUUUAGGAACGAAAUUUUAUUCUAAUGCCGUGGAUGUUUGGAGUCUUGGUUGUAUAUUUGCAGAAAUGGCAACCAGAAGAGCUCUGUUCCCGGGUGAUUCAGAAAUAGAUCAACUGUUUAGGAUAUUUCGUACAUUAGGUACACCUGACGAGAGCAUUUGGCCAGGAGUGUCACAGCUACGCGAUUAUACAUCAAUGUUUCCGAGAUGGGAACCUCGGUGUUUAGAUGAAGUUGUACCUUCCUUUGAUUCUGAUGCCAAAGACUUACUUUUGAAACUCUUGACUUAUGAUCCCAGUCAAAGGAUAACAGCAAAGAAAGCAUUAAGUCAUUCUUACUUUAAUGGAGUUACAUUAGUUCCACCACCAUUGCCAAAGAAAAACUGAUAUAGCUAAACAGGAUGGGUCAUAAGAUAUAUAAUUUGAAAUAUUUCUGGUAUCCUUAAUAAUAAUAAAAAAAUUGAAAAUAUUAAUAUUUUGAUUUCAAAAAAAAUGUAUCAUAUCACUAUUUAAUUAUGAAUGUAAAUAAUAUUACUGCUUAUCCCCAAAAUACAUCACAGUAUUAAAUUUUACUGUAAUAAAAUAAUUAAUUCGUUUAUUUAUGUAGAACAACAGAAAUAUUUCGGAUGAGCAUAAUUCGUGACCCGUACUAUACUGUCCCUUAAUUUACCUUGUUUCAUAGUUCUCAUUUCACAACAGCACAAAACUGCCAAUAAUAUAAUUAUUAAAGUCAAAUAUAUUUGGAAUCUCUUAUUAAAACGUACUUCCAAUUUUAACACAUCGAAAAUGUAUAUGCAAUAAAGGUCUAUUUUGCUAUGUA